AUAUUCGCUUUUCAGUUGAAUUUUAGUUCUGGUUUAUAACACUUCGUUGGAUUUAGAAGACAUAAUGGAAAUUCUUAUUGUGCUACCGAUUUUAGCAGUGUCUUCAGUAUUCACAAUAACAAUAGCUGCUGCUGAAUCUGAACCGCCACAUUAUAGUUCACUUCGUGUUAUGGCCGAGGCUGCGAUUGAAGAUUGCUACGAGGAUUCGGCUCAGAGUGUCAAAGUGCAGAUAACCGAUGAGAGUUUUGAUGAAAUAGUGAAGGGUUCUCGCACUAAUUUAUCUCACAAUGCGAAGUGUUUACGAUACUGUAUUAUGCGCAAAAAUGGCUUGUUAAGUAUGGAUAACUCAAUCGAUGAGGAAAACAUUUUGCAAAUAUUUGAAAUAAUACAUCCUCAAAUUAAAAAGGACUCACUACUGGAUGUAUUACAUAAAUGUUCGCGAGAAACGGAUAAGCAAACAGAUAAUUGUGAGCGCGCUUUCGUGGCAACCAGCUGUAUGCUCCGAGAGUUGCAAGCAGAUGGUAUAACCGAUAUUUAAAACAACAAUUGAAGAUGCCUUUUAAAUAUGUGUACAAUAUAAUUAUAAAUAUUAAAGAAAUUUUCAAAGGUGUAAAUAAAUCGCAUUUCUUGUAUAUUUCGAUGCUUGCAC